AUGAUUCAAGAUUUAAUUAAUUUAAGAUAUAAUUAUCAAGCAGAAUUUGAAAAUAUAAGCAAUAAUGAAUAUGCUAAAAAUCCUGAAGGACUUCCAUUAAGAAGUCCUAAUAGAUACAGAGUUUUAUGA